AUGGUGAACUUCAACAUUCUUGCUCUUGCUCUUGUAUUCACAGGCCAAUCCCUAGCCGUCACAACUCGCGAUCACGUUGCUAUCCGCAGCACGGCCGCCGCUUGGGUUGAAGCCAACAUUGAGAGCCUUCCCAAGGACUAUAAGUCCUUCUCGGGCUACAGCCUUACCUACCGCAAGGCUAUCUUCCACCGCCUUGACGAACCUUCCCGCGCCGAACUCUGGCGCUCCCACUUCGGAUCGUACCGCGCAUCGCACCCCAACCUUACUCCGGAGCAGAACAAGGUGCUCGACGACGUUACGGCAUUCGUUGGGUCCAACAACCUUACGGAUGAUGCAGCGAAGCAGGAGCUUGCCAGGGCUGCAGAGGCAGCGUUCGGUGCUGAAGCUGUUGAAGUUGUGGCCACGCUCGGCCCGCCUAUUGAUGCCGGAGACAGCCAGGGAAAUCCAUUGAUGAAGAGGAAGCCCUUGUGCAUCUGUAGCACUAGCAGCGACUACUGUGACGGCGACGAUCAAUGCAGGAAGGGUCCCACCUCAUGCACCCAGGUCGAGGAUGAAUGCGGAUUCGCAUGGAGUUAUCUCUGCAAUGGUCUCUGCUAUGCCAACUAG